GUUCAAUUCCCGGCGACGUAACAGAGUUUCGGAGUAUUCAUUCAGCUUAAAAAAACUCGUUCUUUAUACGAUGAGCAUCUCGCAGUUUCCGCCGCCUGUUUCUCCAUCUCCGGCGUCUUCUUUGCGAUCGCUGGCUUCUUCAUCUCCAUCUCCGGCGAGUUUAUCAUCAUCGAUGAGGCUAUGGAGACCAGCUGCUCAGCGGAAUCUUAGGAACCAGUGGUCUAAACUGUCGAAUUGUCGGCAACAGUGGAUCGUCGCUUGUUCGGCGGGAAGAUCUCACGCUACUUCGCUCGUCAAUUCGUAUUUGUCUCAAAAGUAUAUGCCAAUGAUGGAGCUUGGUGUGUUGAGUGACAUGUUUAAUAUCAAGAAGAAAGCUUUGAAGAAGCUAUUUAAGAAACAGAGUUCCUAUCGAAUCAAGCUUUUAACGUCGUACAAGGAAAUGGUAGCUGUUGUUGUUGAGAUGGUAAAUUCAAGCAGAUCUCUGAGAUGUUAUACGAAGCUAGGUACCGGGUCACUUGUACAGUUCUCUGGCUCUAAGGAAGAUUCAAGUGAUGCUGGAGAUUGUGGUGGCAUCCCUGUGUUUAAUUUUUGGAAUGUUUCUGCAUUCGAGAAGAUGGCUGGGGAGCUUGUGGAGAUGUUCAAACGCGAAGUAAUGGUAAAGAGAUUGCUCAUAAUGGAACUGAUCUCUUUAAGCACUGAAGUUCCUCAACCCGUCAACAACAGUUGGUCAGAUGAGCUUUACCAUGGGGAAUUUGAUCAUCUCACCACAUGUUCUUUAUAUUCCAUGGAAUUAGCUGAGCCUGUUCUCCCCAGAGUGAAAGAAAAUAAUCUCGGUAUUUCUUCUAUAUCACAUACCAACCAGCCAACCGCAGAAAAUUUGCAGAUUUACUUGACAACUUGGCUUGCAGAGGUAAACAUCGACACUCAUAGGGUGGAUGAGAUAUUAGCUUUGGUCGGGGAAGAAAUUAGAGUCACAUUUUAGAGCUCGAAAGCUGUUCAUAAGUUCAGCUUCUGUAAGUUUCAAUGACUUUAAACAAAGCAUGACUGAUUCU